AGUACAGUAAUCCUACUUGACUAAAUGUAGUUUGUUUCUUUCCACCACUGGCUGUGACAGCCACAGAGCGUGACGACGCCUGGGAGUUGAACACCAACGUUCGUUAGUUGCCUCCCGCGGCCAUCGGUCAAGGAGCUGGCAUUAAAAGUGAAGGAUGUCAUCCUUUUCCUCAGCUUGUAAAACAAUCCAUGCAUCAUCUUCACCUUCAUUCAUAGAACACACCUGUGACUCUGUUGGGGUGAUUUUGAGCCAAGGUGGAUGUUUGACUCAUGACCAGGGGCAGAUGUUGGGGAUGUUGGGGACCGAGCUUGGUCUGAUGGAGAUGUCAGAGGUUGAAUAUACACACCUUCAGCACCUUAUCCAGGCACACAUGGAGGCCCAAGCUGCGCCUCCAGAUGGGCCAGAUGCCAGAUCUCACCCCGCUACAUUGAUGGGUAAAGACGCCACCGGAUCCACAGUGAUUUCUCCCUUCACAACCACUCAAGCUAUUGACCUAUCAACUUCAACUGAUGAACACUGUCUGGUGAUGCCAGGAGAAAAGACACCAGCAUCUUAUGGAGAGGUCCCAGGUUUUGUGCUGGCCAGAGUCAGAGGUGAAGACAGUCCGACUGAACCACAUGACAACAGCAGCACGUCUUCACAGAAGAGAUCCAGAUCGGCUGCUAGAGUUUGCUUGGAGAAAAGGUUCAACACCAUGUCUGCUGACACCCCAAGACAGCAAGAUAUUCAGUCUGCAGUUCUUAGCAAUUUUUUGACAAUGCUUCAGCAGUCUGCAGAGGCUCAAGAGGCAGCCAUACACCCUCAAAUUCAGAAGUGGAUGAAAACUGACAGAGCAAAUCCCUAUGAGGUUUCCAGCCCAUUUGUAGGGGGUGUAUUUAACCCAGUCACCAACAUGCGUGAACAAGUGAUUAGCCAUAUUCCUCACAUGGUUGAACCUAACAAGCAUCAGGGUUUAAUCAUCCCCAAGAGUUUUUCAUUUAGUUUUCGCCCGGAGAGGGUUGUUACAAAAGCUCACUAUCCAAGUGGCAUCUCAGCAGAGGAGCAGCAGUUGGUGAACAUAGAAAAUGAUGUGGCAACACCUGCUGCUGCCUCCAGGAAGCACGGUAGCACCCACAGCUCUCAACCUGGUAAGGCUACCCCAGACUCCGCUGGAGAAUCAGGGAGCAGCACCAGGAAGAGACGUCGACCUCAUGUGUCACUUAGCCAACGCAGGGAGAAACACAACAGUAAGGAGCGGGAACGCAGGAAGAGGAUUCGUUUGAGCUGUGAUGAGCUGAACAUGCUGGUGCCGUUCUGUGAGUCAGAUACAGACAAAGUCACCACCCUGCAGUGGACCACUGCCUUUCUCAGAUACAUCAAUAAAAUGUAUGGAGACACCUUCAAAGAGUGUGCAACACCACCAUCACCACCACCACCACCACCACCUGCAGUAGAGAGGAGUUUCAGAAGGCAUUCACUGAUGAGAAAGGACUCUUUCUUAAAUCCAGCACUUCUUCAGGCCAGGACCCAAUCCAUCGGGAGAUGGACGAGACACUGAGCAUUCCUCUUGCGGUUGAGCAAUGACCCCUCAUUAUUUCAUCUAAUAAAUUAGCCAGAUAUUUGAGUACAUUUUAAUUUAACCUCUGAAGUUGCUUGGGUUGUCCCAUGAGGUCUGGCUAUGGGUUAGGACGAUGUGUUUUUGAAUGACAAAAAGCAUCCUUUUGAGAGGAGCUCUGCUUCCGACUACAUUACAAAGGUUUAGAAAGUGGAAGGUUUUCAGUCUCAGACCAUGUGAUGCUUCAAACAUGGUUGGUUUUCUUCAGCUGCAUAUCAAGACCACACUGUAUCAAGCAUUUGAAUUGCCAUGCCAUUUCGUCUACCUGAUACUGAUAACUGAUAUAUAUAUAUAUUUAUAUAUAUAUUAUAGAUAUAUUUAUUCCAGAGCCAACAUUUGUAAGGGCUUUUUGUUGAGUCAUACACAGGUGGCACUGUUUCUCUUUGAAAGACAACUGAGAUGGUGCUUUAAUGAUUAGAUUUAGAUUUCAGCUCUUCAGCUGUCAUACAUUCCGCAAAUUUUAAUUAUAUGUGCACCUUUUAUAUACUUGAUUCAAAUUUUGUUUACUUGAAUUUUCAUUGUUUCAAUUGUUUACUUUUGUUAAACUUUGUUCGUACAGUAUGUUGUUCAGUUUUCUUGUCCACAUACAUUUAUUCUUUGCUUUGCAUGGAAAUAGCUACUACAAAUUGCUACUUUGUGAAUUAAUUAGAUUACUUGACUUUCAUAGUGUUAAGCAUAUUACUCUGAAGUUCAUUUGAUAAGAAGAGUAAUGUUUUACUGAAAAGUGGCUUUAUUUGUUCUUUCUUACAACAUGUCGCUGUAGCAUCUUACUGUACAUACAACAGUCACCCACAAAUAAUAAAUAGUAUUUAAGGUCAUGUAUAUUUAAUAGUUACAGCACCGAUAGUACAUAGUGGAUGUGAUAAUUUUAGAUGUAAAAAAACAAAAAAACAAAAAAAACUGUUCCUAAGAUUCUUAAAUUGAUUUAACAAUGACUGAUUUAUGCAUCCACAAGUUUUAUUUUGUUUUUGAUUCUCAAAUCUAGAGAAUCAACUUCACAUAUAGUUUAGAAGAAAAAAAAACAAGCUGUAAAAAAAGACUAUCAAAAAGUUUUAAAUGUUUUGCAUUAAUCUACACAAUUUCUGGGCACCUGGGUAUUUGUGUUUUUUAUUCCUUUUACAAUACAUACACAGCUCCUUGACAGAGGCUUUUUGCCUUUGCCGCCUAUUUCCAUAUUUUACACUGUAAGCUUGUAUGUUGAGGUAACACCUGUGAUUUACAUUAAUGGGCCAUGAUACAUGCACAUUCACUUCAGAGACAGUCACUGUUGUUUUUAGAGUGUCAUCUGCCAGAAGGAUGUUAACCAAGGUAAUCGGGGCAUGGAAACAACAUGUACAAAGUUUUUAUACACAAAGGACUCAUCAUUCAUUUUCCGGUUGUUUGUAAGUCAAGUCUUGUUAUGUGAUACUGUAAUAUGUGGAGCAAUGCAGUUGUUCUGUUGGACUCUUCCGUGCCUCUGUCCACUUAACUUCUGGAUGUCAUCUUGAUGUUUUUGUCUCUCAGUUGCUCUGGGAUUCAUGUCAAUCCUGGGAUGUUCCACCAUUCCUCUCAAAAUAUCACACCUGUUGAUGUUACUCUUCCCAUCUUGUGAUACAUGUAUUUAAAUAAAGAGGACAUUUUUGUGA